GCAGCUUUAUCCACCAUCUUAGGACUGGUGGUGGAGGUAGCGGUGACCGCCGGAGCCGCGGGCUGCUUGGUUGUAGCUGGAGGUUUCGCUGGUGGCUGCACGGGAGCCGAAGUGGAGCUGGCUGUGUUCACGCUUACCACCACUUUAGCCUGGGGUUGGGCGUUUGUUGCAUUGGUUGUUGCCGUAGGAGCUGCCUUAGGCUGAGCAGGCGGCGUCCCCGAUUGCUGCUGAGAUGUCGUCUUGGCAGGAGGUUGAGCCGAGGACUCGGGCUUAGCCGCCGGCAGUUUGUCGCUAGUCUUCUUUUUGCGGAACAUUUUCUGCUCGCUCGCGGGGUUUGAACAAUGAGAGCAGCUCAGCUGGGCUCGUGGGAGACAGACAAAAAGUUGCGCUGGUGCGGGCAGGAAGAAACGACUUCCUGUAAGUAGUCUGGGUGGGUGUGGCUUGUAAAGCGUGACGAAGGAAGAAACACGUCAGCGCACAUCUACUGAAAGGAACGUUGCUGUUCUGUAGGUAAUGGCGAGCCCACGGACGAAAGAAGUUCUAAGAGAUUUGAGGAGGAAAUACGACAAUAACGCUUGUUUCGAAUGUGGUACGCUGAACCCGCAGUGGGUGUCAGUCUCGUACGGCGUGUUCAUCUGCCUCGAGUGCUCAGGCAAACACAGAGGUCUAGGAGUCCACAGGAGUUUUGUUCGCUCCACCACAAUGGACAAGUGGAAAGACAAAGAGCUGGAGAAAAUGAAGGUGGGGGGCAACUCACGGGCGAAGGAGUUCUUUUCCUCCCAGUCUGACAUCACGCCUGGCAUGGGUCUGGCCGACAAAUACGACACCAAGACUGCAGCCCUCUACCGUGACAAGGUCUGCCCACUUACCCUCUCACAUGUACUCUUACGUACAGAAUGCUUCAAGCUUCACGCGAUAUUGUAAAAUCUUUAAAAUGUCAAGCCUCACUUAGGCAUAAAGUUAGCUUAAAUAGUGCUCAUGUGUGCCAACUGACACGGUUAAGGUUGUUUUUGAACAUCGGCACUUAUUAGUCUUCAUAUCGAAGAUAUUUCAGAUCCUCUCAUCAUUACUGAUGAGGGGUCUACGUCGAGAUAUGUGUGUGCUAGGAAAAGAUUAGUUUGCUGAUGUUGUAUUCAGAUCUCCACAGAGGCAGAGGGAAGGGCUUGGAGCAUGGCGUCAUCUUCUGCCAAGAACUACAGACCACCCUCCAAGAGAGUGCCUCAGCAGCAGUCUGACUACCAGGGCCAGCAGGGGAACAGCUCUGCCAACAUGUCUUACACCAAGGAGGACAUAGCAGCACAUAAAGAGGAUUUCUUUAAGAGAAAGUUGCUAGAAAAUGCCGAUAAACCAGACGACCUGCCACCCAGUGAGGGAGGCAAGUACACGGGAUUCGGGAACACUCCGGCGCCUCCUCCGAGGGAUCAGGAGGAGGACUCUGGGGACACGUGGGCCUCGCUGGCAUCUGGCUGGACCAGCUUCACCUCUGCUGCCAGCACCUGGGCCAGCAAGGUCGGCGAGAAGGCAAGCGGGGUCGGCUCCUCCAUCAACCAGUCUGUCAUUAAACCUUCUGGAGAGCAGAUGUCAAAGUUUGGGACUUAUGUCAAUGAUGCUGUCAUCAAACCAACUAAACAGAAGGUGCAGGAAGGUCACGUGUGGGACGAUGUGAAAUCUUCUGCAACCAAUCUGGGGUCAAAGGUGAAGAAGGCUGGGGGGAAAGGCUGGGGUGAGUUCCAGUCACUCUGGUCAGAUCCACAGGAAGAAGGGGGUGUGGCCACGGAAAUGGAGGUGGGGGAGAGGGGAGGGGAGGAGGGGGAGAGAGGCAGGGAGGAAAGGGUGGGAGAUCUAUUAGGUUCAUUCUCAGAGGAUUCACCCAGCUCUGGGUCGGCUGAGCAGGCACCUCCACUAGGCAGCAGGACUGGUUCAAGAUCUUACGGCAGUACCAGCUAUGGCAGUACUGAGAGAGGACCUGUCAGCAGAGAACCAGCUGAAACCAGUUCCCCCAGUUGGGACGACCCCUCUUGGGGGCCCAGUGGGGGGUGGGGGGAGGACACACAUUCCAACAACUCCAGCAAAGGAGAAGAACCAACAACCAAAUCAAAGUCAAAGUCAGGA